GCAGUCGGAGAAUGGACCCCUUGCAACACUUGGUGGCACCUCGUCGGCCGCUUCCUUCGCCUCGAUCGAAGGCUCGCAAUGGUGUCUCGAAAAAUGUAUUCGCGCUACCGGUGAUCCACCAGUUCGAGCCGGUUCUGGCGUCCUCGCCCAGGUCCUACGUGGUCGCAAAUGCCUCCAAGAAGCAGAAGGAGAACGCGGAAUCGGCUCCUACAGGCAUUGAACCGCCUCCAGUGAUACCGAUUCAACCACAACGACCAAAGAGUAGAGAGACAGUAGAGUCAGGGAGAGCUUUACGUCCACAACCUCCCACGGGACUCGCGUCGCGGACAGACGUGGAUAUCUACAGAUACAGCCAAGCGACGGAGCAAAGGAUGGCGAUUAAACCGUUAUUUGAACAGAGGAGAGGCUCAGAAACGAGACCUGCUUCCACUAAAAGAAAAACGAAGAAAGCUGAGUCGAUUGAGGGCACUAGUGUGGAGCUGGAUGAUGGCAGAUUUACGGUAUCACAAUCCGAGAAUGAAGAUAAACGCGUGCAAUUGGAUGGGGAGAGUGAAUCAAUGCAUGGCAAAACUAACCAGGAAGAUAGAAGGACUCGUUCAUCCGCUUUUGAAGACUCCAUAGGAGCUUCGAUUGUGGAUGGAGAAGAUUUAACCAAAAGAGAGGUCGAAGAUCGAGAAACUGACGUUGAAUGCUUGAGAACUGAGACGGCUGAAAACAGUGGAGAUUCGCUAGUUAAAAAGCUGGAUAUAUCUUCUUGUUACGAACCAUUUUUGCAGACUAAGGGCCCCAAGCUCACUUGGCUUAGAGAGAUGGUAGAAGCGUCUACUGCGGCGAAAAUGUUAACUAUCGAUCAGCAACCAGUGAUUCGUGCUCCAAAAUCGGAUGUAUUGGUAUAUAAAACCUUGAGUAAAGAUCUACGAACUUUCGGAGGAAGAAAUGUACUCAUCACUGUGCUUCUCAGCUCACGUGGUGAUGCCCACAUUACUUGCCACGUCGAAGGUGAAUUUGACGGAAAAGUUGUUGCUAUCAACAACUCCGAUCUGGAUACUUCCAAGUUGCUUCGUCGAGACUUGCCAGUGCUUACACCGAAAUGGGCAGACUGGAUUAUCACGCGAGUUUGUUGCGACUCAAGACUAAACUUUUACUUGGAUCUCACUGAUGCUGAAGGAAAUGAGAAGCGAGUUAUUUUCUCCGAGAAUAUUCAAAUCAAUGGCACAGACAUAGCCGUCGAGAUGGUUGCGUUAAUGACAGCCUCUAGUCUACUUAUUUAUGCAAGAGAAACAACAUCGAGUACCUGUAGUGCCGAAGUACUACUACGAGCCGAUGAUCUGCGACGUCUCGCAAUAUCAUUUGAUAAAUGGACUAGUGAAGGUGCUGAUCAAGAUGUGUCUACUCUAUUUGAUGAUCAUGAUUUUCUGAGUCAGAUAGCUGCGAAGACCAAUGUGAUUCGACUGGGUUUGAGCUGCGCAGAAUUUGUCAGUGACGUUGAGGAUUCACUCCGAUGCCGCCCUGUACCAUCCACCGACAUUUGUAUUGACACUCCAGCAAGUGUAAAUGCCAUGAUCAGUGUAGAAUUGCGUGACUCACCGAAUUACAUUCAGGACGCAUUCAAGGAUAAUAAUUUGGUCGGUACGGUUGCACUAUUAGUGCAAGCGUACGUGGAGAAUGGCAUACUCUCGACGUUACGGCACUUUCAACAAAGAGAAGCAAUACGGCUCAACGUAGAAGCAUUCAUGCAACAAGCUGCUACUAUCGAUAGCGAAGUCGCCUUCAAUGAACGUGUUGAACGAAAUCUGGAAGCAGCCAGGAUGUCAAAAUUAAGGGAAAUCGCUAUCGCAUCUAUCGUAGACGACAUGAUUUUCGACUUUAUUGUGUAUGAGUGUCGUGUCGAGCUUCACUCAGCGAAGUAUUCAGGAGGUUACAACGAUCACUAUGCGCGUAAAGUCCAAGCAGCGUAUCGAAUGAGUACCCAAAAGAGAUCGUACGAGCACAAGCGUAAUGUUCGUAUGCGUGCUGCUCAGACAUUACAGGCUCUACAACGAGGAAUCAUCGCUCGACGACGAUACAGCGAGAUGAAAGUUGAGCGAGAGAAAUAUUUAUUUUACGGCUUUCGAUCGAGUUUGUACCACGCGACGGCGAACAUGAAAGACCCAAGACUCCGAGCUCGAGAACUAAGUACAGAGGCUGAACGGCGACGACAUGACUUCCUCAUGCAAGUUAUUCAAGGAUACGUGACUGAAACAGUCAGUGAUCAAGAGUUCCGCGUGUCAGCUCAGCUUGUUCGAGAAAUUUACAACGAAUACGGCGUUGUAGUUGGCUGUUCGACCAACUUUGGCGACGUGGUUGUGUCCUACCUGGACAAAGCUCCAGACCAAACCUUGUACGCUCGUGUUGGCGACUCCGUACAUGCGUCUGAUUCAAGUCAAAAAUUGUUUUCGAAUAGUCAAGUUAGUGCUGCUCUUCUGCUUGGACUGAGAGAUCAGUACGACGACACGUUCGGGCUUUCCUCAAGUGCUCGUAGAGUGAGCAGUGGAGGCAAUCAGGGGCCAAGUCAACGGGCAUUAGAAGUAAAUUCAUCAGCUCCACCAAGGUGGAUGUUGAAGACGUGCUCAUCAUUCCAGCAGGCCAAUCUUGAUAGACUUGCUGGCCUUCGACUUACACGGAAGGCCGCAGGGAAGAAAUCGACGCAUCUGGUAGCUCGAGACUAUCGCUGCAUACUUUCUACAUCGUUCGACUCGUUCGAUAAGUGUCGUGCUACAUGGGAAGCUGACAUUCGUACCCGUCAAGAGCAGCAAAAGGUGUUGGACACGUUCUCGGUCGAAGACUUGGCGCAACACUGUCUGGAUCUACUAAUCUCCUGCGUGAAAGGUGAUUCUCUUAGCCAAGCUGCGUAGAUUAAUUACUGAAGCUAAUUCAUGCUUUUGUAGACUGGGGUAUUGAUCCAGAUCCUCUGUUUGAAGCGCUGAACUUGUGUGGUCGCCAUUGCCAUGGAAAAGCAGCAAUUCGAGUCGUGGAGGAGAAGUUCAAUGCGUAUGCAGCACGUACGUUAUUUACUCUUUUCUAAUUGUUGAAUAGGUAUUUUAUCUUCGUUUGAGUUGUUUGCAGGAAUGAAUGAGGUCCAUGGAAAGAAAAGUGUGCUUACGUUACGUGAGGAGGUCUCUCAGGAGCUGGAAGACUUUGAAAAGCUGCUCGCAUUGCGGUGUCUUAACAUGGCAGUUGACGACGCGAUCACUGUACCAGCAAGUGAGUUGCUCCACAUCAUGCUGAAGGGGAAUCUGGACGAAGAAUAUAUUCGCCACGGGCUCUCCACCGUUCUACCCAUUGCAAGUAUUAGCGAGAAGCACGAACUAGCACGCAAAACGUUGUACGCUUAUGCGAAUGCUUCGUAUGGCGAAGCAUUCAACUUGAUCUGCUGGAGCUGUUUGGAUGUAGCUGAGAACGUCACAGUCGAAGCCGCACGCUUUCUUGACAAGAUCACUCGACCAGCAACUGACAAGGAUGAUACCGACAACGCAAUGAAGACCAUUCACCAUUCCUCUGAAUCUCUUGCAGCUCGAGCGUUGUACCUGCUUGCAGGGUCCCAAGCCGUGCGCUUCCUGCAGUUCUUAGCCAAAGUGGCUCAUUUUAACAAGGUCAUCCAGAAACGUGUGCUUGUCCUCCUUGCUCCAGACGCUGACAAGUACGAAAUGCAUCGACUAGCCAGCGCUCUCUGCUCUCUUGAAGAUUUUUCGAUCGUCUCGCAGAUUUUUGACGAGCGUUUCUCCAGCCAAGCCGUGAGAUCGUGUACUUCUCUGUGGACACAAUACGCAACUCUAUUCGGCGACAGUAAAUGCUGCAAUGCCAUGAAUGACAUCAAAGAAGUCGACACUUGACCGGAGAAAUAUUCGUAUACGAGUUCUUUCGCAAUGAAUAUAUUACCUGUCAUAAAAAACUUUGAUAGACAA